CUUUCCUUUCUUUGAAACAGGCAGCCCUGAUCUCAGCCGAACCAUCACCAAACCGUGGCUGCUCCAUAAAUCGGAGCAGAGAAUAUUCCAUUUACGCCCCAUCCAACUCUGAAAACAGAUACGGAACAAUGGAAGUGACACCCAGAUUGACAUGGAAUGAAGAAAAAAGUCUGCAAAAGCUGCUUGGAAAUGUUUCCUUGAGACUUCUUUAUAAAUCUAGUGUCCAUGGAAAGAGCUUUGGAACUAUGCUUAAUAAGUGCAGUUGUCAGGGAUCCACUAUAUUAAUGGUUUAUCUUCCCAAUAAUGUUUUUGGGAUCCUUGUGCUUGAGAGUUAUCCUGAAAUGUCUGAACAUUUGAAAAAGCCAACUACUUCUUUCCUUUUAUCAUUUCAAAAGAACAAAAUAAUGGAAAUGACAGCUGCAUUUUUAAAUUCAACAGUGGACUUAAUUGAUAACAAACUGAGAUUUAAUUUUUCUCAGGUUCAGUAUGUUUCACUACAUUCAAAUACUCAAAACAUCUUUAUACCUCGUUUGUUAGGAGAAAAAUUAGGACUAACAUAUGACUUUAAGUCCCAAUAUACAGAAUAUGAAGUUUUUCGAGUUGAAGGAAUUAAGGAUGAACCAGGCUACAUAAAUAGGAUAGCAAGAGCCACACCGCACAGAGAUAGUCUCCUAGCAGAACUCAGAGCCUACAGGCCCUACGCAGACUUGGUUUCAGAAAUCCGUAUUCUCUUGUUGGGUCCAGUUGGGUCUGGAAAGUCCAGUUUUUUCAAUGCAGUGAAGUCCAUUUUCCGAGGCCAUUUGACUCGCCAGGCCAUAGUGGGGUCUAAUUUCAGCAGCAUUACUGAAAAGUAUAGGAUAUAUUCUAUUAAAGAUGGAAAAGAUGGCAAAUCUCUGCCAUUUAUGUUAUGUGACUCCAUGGGGCUGAGUGAGAAAGACGGUGUAGGAUUAUGCGUGGAUGACAUACCGCACAUCUUAAAAGGCUGCAUGCCCGACAGAUAUCAGUUUAAUCCCCAAAAGCCAAUUACACCCAGGCAUCCUACUUUCAUCACCUCUCCAUCGCUGAAUCACAGGAUUCACUGUGUGGCUUAUGUCUUUGAUAUCAACUCUAUUGACAACCUCUCCUUUCAAAUGUUGGCAAAAGUCAAACAAGUUCAAAAAGAAGUAUUAAAAUAUGGUGUCUCACAGGUAGCCUUGCUUACUAAAGUGAAUAAUUGCAAUGAAGUUCUUCAAGACAACUUCUUACAGAUGAGUGAAUCUAUGAUUUAUAAAAGCCAGGUAAGGGAUGUUAACAUGAUGCUAGGCAUUCCUAAGUCUAACAUCUUGGUGGUAGAAAAUUAUGCUUCAGAGCGGGAGAUGGACCCUUUACAGGACAUUCUGAUACUCUCUGCACUGAAGCAGAUGACUCGGGCUGCAGAUGACUUCUUAGAGGAUUUGCCUCUUGAGUGAACAGAUGCAAUUGCAGGAAUGUUCCAGCUCUGCAUGAGAUGUCAAUUGCCUGGAUCCAGAUACUUGGCCCAAACCGGGGUAGCUGACAGCCUCUUUGAAACUCUGCUUCCAUUCAUGUUUUGCCUUCGGUCCCUGAGAGCAUCUAACUGAAGGUUCCUUUUGGGAUCAUCAUAACUCAAAUGCAAAGACCAACCCUGAGCAGUAGUGAGCCAAGAUACGCCCUACUGAAAACCACCCUCUGUAUUUCUGCACUAUUUACAAUUUCAUUUCUGCGACAUCUUUCUAAAUCUCAGCAAAAUCAGCUAUUCCCUUAUUUGUCUAUAACAUUUAAUUUAAAACUCUAUGUGAGUACAAAUCACAUUGACUAUAAAAUGGCUACAUUUACUUUUUAAAAUAAAUUGUGAGUUAUUUAAGAA